UCCAAGAUAGUGUAUCUAAGCUGGUGAACUUGAGGUACAUUUCGUAUCCACAGACAGGGUACUCUUUUUCCCCUUCAGUGUGUCGCCUUUGGAAUUUGUAUACUUUAACUGCCAGGCAUACCACAGCUGUUGCUCCACCUGAAAUAUGGAAAAUGCCUCUACUUAGGCAUGUGGAAUUCCACAGCAUCUCUCUCCCUGAUCCUCCCGUUGAUGGUUUUGUUUUGGAGAGCCUACAGACUCUCUGUACAGUCCCUAUUUGGGACUGCCGCAAAAAGGUGUUAAAAAGCAUCCCCAAUAUAAAGAAACUCAAGAUUCAUCAGGGGGAACUGGAGAGUUGGUCUGUAAUUUAUCUCAAAAAUCUUGCCUGUUUGCAUAAACUCGAAUCUCUUGAAAUCACUUCUGGUGGCUUUUUUCAAAACUCAAUUCCGUUGGAGUUUUGGAGCAACUUCACCCUCCCACAUUCCCUCAAGAAGUUGACUUUGUAUGGCACUCAAAUACGCUGGGAAGAGAUGCCUGCAACGAUAGGCUGGCUACCCCAUCUCCAAGUUCUCAAACUGAAACGAGAUUCUUUCGUUGGAUCUGAGUGGGAAACAGUCGAAAGGCAGUUCUGCAAACUCAAAUACUUGCAUAUUGUCGGUUGUUACUUGGUGUACUGGACAACAGAAAGCACCCACUUUCCAUGCCUUGAGCACCUUCAACUUGAACAUUUGAUAUUGAAGGAGAUCCCUUUAGCUAUUGGAGAAAUACCAACGCUUCAGUCAAUCAAGUUGGUUGAUUGCAGCACUUCUGCUGUCGCCUCUGCUACAAAAAUACGAGAAGAUCAACAAGAGAACUAUGGGAAUGAUGACCUUUAA